AUGAGUGUCAGACUCUUACUGACUAAAAAACCCCUGUUCCUUCUCCUGCUCUGGGCCGAGGUUGCGGUGCCUCAUUGGAGUUACCCCGCAUCCCCGGCUGAACAUCAGCCCUAUAUGUCCCCGUCUGUGGUGGUCUAUUGGCUCUUUGACGCGCGCGCGGAACGCUACGCGCCGUACGCUCUGGCCUGGUUCUGGUCGGGCGGCGAGCUGGCCUUGCUCGACGAAACAAGAGAUGGUACGAGGUGGUUUUUAGUCAGUAAGAGCCUAACAUUCCCUCCCGCCUUAACCUGGGCGAGAGAAAAGAGAGAGAGAAUGUUGAUGAUUUGCCCCUUCAAAAAACAAAGCCACGUCAAAUACGCCCUUUGA